AGUAAAAGAGCUGAACGGUCAUUGAAUGAUAGGGUUCGACUCCGAUGCCAACCUCCUGCUGUUUUGCUUGCCAGCGAUCUUGGAUCUCCUACCAUCCGAGUUCGAUCAAUCUGAGAAGGCAUCGAUUUGUCGUGGCAUCGUCCGCGGCGGCCGGAAUGGAGCUCUCCCUGACGCGGCCGGACGACUGGCACCUCCACCUGCGCGAGGGUGAGCUCCUCCAUGCGGUGGCGUCCCACAGCGCGAGGCAAUUUGGGAGGGCGAUAGUAAUGCCGAACCUGAAACCCCCUAUUACAACCACAGAAGCGGCGGUGGCUUAUCGCCAGUCCAUCCUGAAGGCGCUGCCGGAGGGUAGUGUAUUUGAUCCCCUCAUGACGCUCUAUCUCACAGACAACACCAGCCCCGAGGAGAUCAAACUUGCCAGACAAAGUGGAGUGGUCUUUGCUGUAAAAUUAUAUCCUGCUGGAGCAACUACCAAUUCUCAAGAUGGGGUUACUGAUAUAUUUGGAAAGUGUUUACCCGUGUUAGAAGAAAUGGCAAAACAUAAUAUGCCAUUGCUGGUCCAUGGCGAAGUUACUGAUCCAAGUGUUGACAUCUUCGACCGAGAAAAAGUUUUCAUUGAAACAAUUUUAGAACCAUUGCUAAAGAAACUUCCACAUCUGAAAAUUGUGAUGGAACACAUAACUACAAUGGAAGCUGUUAAAUUUAUCGAAUCAUGCAGUGAAGGUUCUGUUGCUGCAACAGUGACACCACAACACCUUAUUCUGAAUAGAAACUCUUUAUUUCAAGGUGGAUUACAACCUCACAAUUACUGUCUCCCAGUACUAAAACGAGAGAUCCACAGAGAAGCUAUAGUAUCUGCCGUGACAAGUGGCAGCAAUCGAUAUUUCCUCGGUACGGAUAGUGCUCCGCACGAAAGGCGAAGAAAAGAAUGUACUUGUGGAUGUGCAGGAAUAUACAAUGCUCCUGUUGCUCUAUCACUUUAUGCCAAAGUAUUCGAGCAGGCUGGCUCACUCGACAAACUGGAAGCGUUCACAAGCUUCAAUGGACCUGAUUUUUACGGACUCCCAAGGAAUACCUCAAAGAUCAAACUGAGAAAGAGCUCCUGGAAGGUGCCCGUGUCUUACCCAUACGAACAUGGAGAAAUAGUACCUAUGUUUGCUGGCGAAACCCUCGAAUGGCUUCCAUCAAAUAACUGAGAGAGUUUUUUCUUCGAGGUUAUUUAAACGAGGCAAUUGAUAAUCUACUAUGAUUUACUGGAUCCAAAAAAUUAUUGAUUUAUAUUUCGAUCUGUAAGCCGAUGAUGUUUUUAUAAUUAUUUCCAACAAUUUUAAGAAUAAUUUAAUGAAACAGCUUUAUAGAAUUAAA